AAGUCGACUUACCGAUGUGACAUAAAGAACAAGUCAUACUUGUGUUUUUGCAAGCGGCAAAACAAACGAUCUCUCUUGACUUAGAAUCGCAAUUCUUAUGGGCUCUUGGCACGUGUUCUUGAUGUACGCUCUUCGACGAAGAAAACUUUCCACCCUUUGCACCACGGUAAAGAGGAGCUUAUUUACUCUGACGUUUUGAUUAAUAUUUCAAACGCGGUGGAGGGUGCAGCGCAUUCACUCAACUCUGUUGUUUCGCCAAGACGACCAAGAGUACACGCAAAUACCACCUUGCGGGAUUGUAUUCACCUGUCACUCGCUAGACUCCGCACGCGACAGAAUUCGAGUGCGGUAAUAUCGACACGCGUGAAUUAUUAAUUCGAUCUUCUCGCCGGAGGAGAAUACGCGAAAUUCAAUCAGUCGCGGGCAAUCGAGGGCGUAACACUAUCUCGAAACAGCAUGGAAUUCACUUGGGAUCGUUAUUACAGCUUCAUGAAGAAACUCUUAUCGUUCGUCGGUCAGUGGCCUUAUCAGAAUAAAAGAGAGAAGCUGCUCAAGUUGAGCAUGAUGACGACAGCAUUGCUCGUCAUGAACAUUCCUCAGACGUGCAAGUUUGUUUAUUGCCACAAAGACCUAGAGUGCGUCCUCGGGACUACGCCGUCGUACUUGUUAGUACUUUUUAUUACGAUGAAUGUGUACACAAGCAGCUCUAGCAAAAUCAAGACACUCACCGAUCGCGUGUUUGUCGAUUGGGGGAGAUUGCAAAGUCCGGAAGAGUAUGAAAUCAUGAAAACUUACGUUGCAAACGCGAAAUGGAUCGCCCUUAUAUACUUUGCGUUUUGCCUGGCCGGUACCACUCUAUUCGUAUUGGUGGCUUUCAUACCUUACAUGCUGAACGUUGUAUUACCACUCAACGAAUCCCGCCCUAUAGUGCUGCCUUACGAGGCGUAUUACUUCGUCGACGAGAGGAAAUACUACUUGUACAUUUUCCUCCAAGGUCUGAUAGCCUUGCAUAUAGUUAUAAUGGGGCUUAUCGCUCAUGACACCAUGUUUAUGUUUUUCGUGGAACACGCGUGCGGCACCUUCGCCGUGGCUGGAUUUCGUUUCGAGCGUUUGGUACACGAGGAUACCGACCUAAUGAAAACUGUUAAUAACGAUCUGGAUAUGUACAAUAAAAAAAUAGCUUGCAGCGUGCACGCGCAUCGAGCAGCUCUAGAAUUCGCGGAGCAUCUUGAGAACAUCUUUUCUUUAACUUUCGGUAUAGAAAUACUGAUGAUGACAGGAGGAAUGAGCAUUACUUUAUUUAAAAUCACAUUACAAUCCGAUGACAUCUGGGAAGUAAUAAGGUACGUCAUCUACGUGGGUGCGCAACUGGUACACUUGUUCGUCUUUUGUUGGGAAGGUCAAAGAUUAAUAGACCACAGUCUGCAAAUACGUGACAAGAUAUACGGCUGCACUUGGUAUAAAAUACCCGCAGAGUCGCAAAGACUAAUCUUGCAUGUGCUAAAAAGGAGCUUGCAACCGAAAUUCUUGAGCGCCGGUAAAAUUUUUAUCUUCUCUCUGCAAGGAUUCACCACGGUAGUGCAAACGUCGAUGUCAUACUUUACCGUGCUUUCGUCUGUCCAGUAAUCAAUGAUUAAUGUUUAAAUAAUAUUUCUGUGAAAAAAUUGACAAUAGUGUUGUCAAUAGAAAUAACAUAUACACAUACACAUACACACAUAGCCACAUUAUUCGGAAAGUAACAAUAUACCAUACAUAUAUUCUCCAACAUGCCCAGUUUCACAAAAAAGAAUAAAAUAUUAUUUUUAGUAUACUCAUUAUUCAUAAUCCACUCAUUAUCCGUUUAUCAAAAAUGCUUCGAUUAUGCUCAACAUUCUCUCUUUACAAGUUACGUUUAAUGAAACCUGGACAGUUUUCAAAGAACGGAUGAUGUGAAUCUGAAAUCGAUCUGGUGAUAAUUUGCGCGUGUAAUAAAAUGAUUAAAAUCACAAGCGUAAUGCGAAAUAAUUGAUCAUAUGUAAGAGUAACGUAUAGGAUGUAUAAACAAACAACAUGGGAGCGAGUCCCAUGUAUAGACAUGACCUUUCUUCUUUUGUUUAUUUGCCUUAUGCAUACACACUAAGAGCCGAAUGAAUAGACGAGCGGUUCGAGGUAGUAAACACAGAAAAAACAAUAGACAGCAUAACGAUAAUAUAAUUCAGACGCUCGCCGGUGGAGGUCGAGCGGGAUACGGAGACGCACCGAGUGCCCGAACACCUUUAGGCUUUUGUGUAAUUACCUCACGCGAUAAUUGAUUAAAAAUGGCGGUUCAAAUGGGUACGCGCAUACUCGAACCGCUGGCGGGCAGUCAGAGAUCUCCAAGGGAAAGCACUAGAGGAAAUCACCAACGUAUCCCUACCUAAAGCUCACCAUCCAGCACCAAAAGGUACAGUGGACAUUAAGGGAAAGCGCACGAGAUGUCCCUCUCAGCUGCUGGCUCAGAUCACUUAGGUCAUACCA